ACUAUUCUCUCUCUCCCCAUCGUUUUCUGUCUUUUUCCCAUUAUCAAAAUGUUGUCAUUGAUUUUCUUGGCUUUGAGUUCCUAUUUUCCCGUUGCCUCCGCAAGGAAAACAAGAAAUGUCCGGACUUUCCAAAAUGAUAUAUUAACAUACGACUGCAACGUCCUUUGACUGCGUUACCAAGGAACAUUCUACGGAGGACAGAGCAUAGAAGUGCGUUCAGGGGAGGCGGCUGAAUUGAAUGUCCUUCAAAUUCAGAACAAAGAGGACAUGAAACAUAUACAAAAAAAUUCAGAAAAAAGGGGAGUGUCACGUUUUAACACCUUAUUAAAUCCUAAGUUCAGAGCUUCCGAGGUCAAUUUAACCUGGAUUUUUUCUGGGGUUUCUCAAAUUCAGUCGAGACAUGCUAAGCAGCCACCUGGCUAUGAGGAACCUGACAUUCUUGCUGCUGAGACAUCAUUUAGCGUAAAUGAAGUGGAGGCCUUAUACGAACUAUUUAAGAAACUAAGCAGUUCCAUAAUAAAUGAUGGCCUGAUUCAUAAGGAGGAGUUCCAACUUGGCCUCUUUAGGAACAGCAGCAAAAAGAACUUCUUUGCAGACCGGAUAUUUGAUUUAUUUGAUGUCAAACACAAUGGAGUCAUUGAGUUUGGGGAAUUUGUACGAUCCUUGAGCAUUUUCCAUCCAAACACUCCAGAGGCAGACAAAAUCUUAUUUGCGUUCCGGUUAUAUGAUUUACGGCACACUGGAUUCAUUGAACGUGAGGAGUUGAAAGAGAUGGUGUCGGCGCUUUUAAAUGAAUCAGAUCUGGAUCUUUCAGAUGAUGUUAUUGAAACCAUAGUUGAUACGACAUUUAGUCAAGCAGAUACAAAAGGGGAUGGAAAAAUUGACCAAGAAGAAUGGAAAGAAUUUGUGAAAAGGAAUCCAUUAAUUUUGAAGAACAUGACUCUUCCAUACCUCAAGGGCAUAACUUUAGCAUUUCCAAGCUUUGUGUUUAACUCUGAAUUGGAAGAUGCAGAGCUCAGUGUAUCAACAAAGCAUAUCAUUGACUCUGAAUUCUGCUCGAACGUUCAAAGCGCCACACAAACUUCUGUCCGAAUUGAGAAGGGUAAUGUUUCUACUUAAUGGAGGAAGGUAAUGCAGUUCUCAAUGUAAGAUAUCUACAAUAUUCCUCUCUCAAGAAAUGGCUAUGGAGCAAGGGUACAUUCUUCAGAGCCAUAUGUUUUACUAUCUCUCUACCCAUUUUUGUUUCAAACAGAAUGAGAUUAUGGAAUAAGUUGGCAUCAGGGUGACAAGUGUAAGCAACGCGGUAGUGUACAUAAGGACUUGUUAUCUGAUAUUGGUUGAGCUUAUAGUGAUCUGGGGUUUUGGGCCAUUGUGGAUGGGAAGGAUGGGGGGCUCGAGCUCCAUUUUUUGAAGUGUAAAUGUGAUAUAUAGUAUGAGUUCUUCAGCUGUAUAUUCUUUUUCCCUUUUUUCCUGCCUAUUUAAAGAGUAUACAUGUUUGUUAUCUUGUUUUUGGUACUUAAAGAAGAAAGAAAUGGUGGA